CUCUCAGACCGCGUGGAUGUGCGAAGUAGCGCUUGUGGAUUCGUAAAAACACGCGUUCGUUUAUUUAUUGACGUUUUUAAAAAUUUGUUUCAGUGGUGUGGAUUACAAGUUAAACUGUGAAAAGGAUUACCACCAGUUUUGGUUGAAGAUAGGAUUAUCUUUAUGAUGACGACUACGGCAGUGAGAUGAUGAUGGGGAGCCUGGAGGGGGCGAUGAACGCCUCCCAGGGGCGGCUGGAGCUGACGACCGAGUACUUCUUGGUGCCCACCCCCCUCAGCAGCCCUGCGUCCUCGGACCCACCCCCUCUGCCCCCCGCCACGGGGUAUCUGCGGAGGGACAUGUGGGUGGCGCCGCUCCUCAUCUUCUCAUCCCUUACCAUGAUACUCAUCGCCCUCUUUGAGGUGUUUGUUCUGCUCAAGACUUGGAGAACGACACCCUCCAGGCGUCACCUGUUCCUGGGCCAGAUGUUACUACUGGGGUUGUUCCUGUGUGCAGCAGUAGCUGCGUUACUAUCUGCAGAGCCCACCGUCGUGACUUGCGCUGGUGUCAGACUGGGGGCUGGUCUGGCCUAUAGUCUGGUGUUCAGCACACUCCUCGUCAAGUGUGUGUUCCUGAUCAGUCUCAAUGGAGGGGUGUACCUCCCGGCUCCCUACCAGGCGUUGUUGCUGUUCUUCGCCGUCCUCAUACAACUCGCCAUCGGAGCACAGUGGCUAAUCAACAACCCGCCUAAAGUUAUCCAGGUGGGACUUCACCAGGCUUGUCACACUCCGUACCAUCACCUCCUGUUAUCGCUGGUGUACGCUGUGUUUCUGAUUGUCGUGGUGGCAGUGCUGGCGGUCAAGUCGCGGGGCAUCAGAGACAACUAUCGCGAGGCCACUUUUAUCGGACUAGCUGUCGCCUGCGUCAUCCCAGUAUGGCUGGGGUGGGCACUGUGUGGCCUGGUUGUUUUGGAGAGGAACCGAGAUGCCUGUCUGGCGUUCGGACUCAGCGGAAGUGCCUUAAUAGUGUUCCUUAUCAUGUUUAUGCCAAAGGGUCGUCAGUUGGCAGCCAUGGGUCGGGAGGGGAUGUACGUCGAGGAUCGGGAGGAGAAGUUCUCGUCACUCAGUAGAGCCGCUUCCCCUUCCUUCUUCCACUUCAAACCCAUCAAACAACCUCCGAUCACAACACACACGUACGGCAGCUACUCCCACUCAAGAACUAAAAUUUGUACAGUUUCAGACAGAGUUGCUCUAGUUGCUCCACCCCCUAGUUACGGACACCCCCACCACUACUACCCGUACUGCUAUUAUCCCCACGCCAGACCAAUGCCAGGUAGUGGAUUCGAUGCAAGCAUGUACACGACAGUUGAGCCAACGUUGUCCACCAAUCCUAACGUCUUUUUCCAUCGGGGCCUACAUCCUGGCCUGAUGUACUGAUACCAUCCUCUAAGAUUAGUUUAGCCUGGACUGACCAUUGCAUUGUCUAACCCUCCUUUGAAACCAACAUUCAAACACACGCUUUCCAGAUAGAAUUUCUUUUUAUAUACAUUUGCCAAUUUUUUUUUUUGUAAUGUACCUUAGUUUACUCUAAAGAUUUGGAUUCAUACUGAAAAGUCCCACAUGUAAUUUUAAUCCUCUUCAUUCUAACACAAUUAAAUGAACCUUUUUCUUACAUGCACAGAGAAUUGAUUUUAUCUUGACUAUAAUAGUGAUUUUAUUCAAAAACUGUUUUAUUCAUUCAUUUUCAACCGCCCAAUUAUUACAACUAGUAUAAGUUAUUAAUUACAAAGUGAGUUAAAAAUGGUUUCAAAGAAGAGUUCUAAACAGAAAAUAAUUUACAACUACGGUAAUGAAGAAGUAUGAUUUAGAAAAACUAAGAGGCCAAAAUAGAAUAAUGUCAGUUCUCUACCCUUGUAAAAAUAUCCUUAAGUUUUAGAUUAAGAAACCAGUAAAUUAGGAGAAUGUAUGUUGUAGGAUUAAGGUCGCAUCAAACAAAAUCUACAAAUAAAUUUGCUCAAAUCAAUGUUGUUAAGUUUGGAAUACUUUUGAAAUAAAAAAUAUAAACAUUAAAUUAAGGGUGUAGCAUAGAGCACAAGGGCCUAGAUUUUUUAGGGUUUUUUUAGAGGAUAGCAGGCUUACCUGAAUGGGAAAGAGUCCAAACUGGCACAGGAAACACAAAACAAAACUUUACACUAUAUACACAAAACAUUAGAAUAUUUCACUGUCACUGACAGCAUUUUCAACUAAGGAAGAGGAAGAGAUAGUUUUCUAGAUGUCCAA